AUGGCCACCCCAUCCGAAACUAACGGCACCAAUCCCCUCCGCCUCGGCAUCGUCCUCUUCCCAGGCUUCGAAGCCCUAGACGCCUUCGGGCCUCUCGAGGUCUUCAACACGCUCUCCCUAACCCACAACGUAACGCAAGCGAUCCUAGCAACCACCCUAGACCCCGUAAGCACAAAGGCGCCAGGAUUCCCCAACUCCAUCGAGCAGCGCAUCGUGCCAACACACACCUUCGCCAACGCCCCACCCCUCGACAUCCUCCUCGUGCCCGGCGGCCUGGGGACGAGAGGCGAUAGCACGGAAGUGCAAACCGCCAUCGCGUUCAUCCGCGACGCAUUCCCGGGCCUGCAGUACCUCAUGACCGUGUGCACGGGGUCCGGGCUGGCGGCGCGCGCGGGCGUGCUGGACGGUCUGCGCGCGACGACGAACAAGCGCGCGUGGGCGGAUACCACGGCGCUGAGGCCUGAUGUGCAGUGGGUUGCGCGGGCGCGGUGGGUGGUUGAUGGGAAGGCGUGGACUUCGAGUGGGGUGAGUGCGGGGAUUGAUGUGGCACUUGCGUGGGUUGAGGAGGUCUUGGGGAGUGAGGUUGCGCGGAAUGUGAUGCGGCGCAUGGAGUAUACGCGGCAUACGGAUGCUGCGGUUGAUCCUUUUGCGGAGUUGUAUGGGUUGGCUUGA